UAUACCUUUCAAUAAUGUUAUUAAAAAUAAUAUAAUAAUAUUCUAAGUACAUUUAAUUCCGUAUACAUAAAUUAAACUAAGAUAAAAGUGAGAUAUCAUAAAUUGCGGUCAUUUCGACCAAAUCGCGACUAAUGAUGUUAUUAUCUUUAUUAUUACAACUAACAUUGCCGGUUAGGUUAUUAUUACGACUAACAUUGCCAGACUGAUUAUGAAGGUAGAAAUAAUUUUCGGGCUUUUAUUUAUCUUAUCAAAAGUAUCAGUUUUAGUUCAUACACAGACGUAUGGUUUAUAUUUUUCUUUUAUGAGUUGGACGUGACACACGAUACAUGUGGUUUUCUAGUGCGUAUUACAUAUUUUUUUACAUACUCAAAAUAUUUGUAAUUUUUUAUUGAUUGUAAUAUGGAUCAACAAUUUAUAAUUGAUGCUUUAGACGAGGAAAUAUUAUCAGAUGAUGAUUUUAGUAACAGUGACUUAGAUUCUGAUAUUGUCGUGGAAAGUGAACAUGAUACAUGUACCGAGGAGUCUGGAUUAUCGUCUGAUGAAAAUGAAUCUAGCGAUCAGAAUUAUUUAGGAAAGGAUGGGACUAAGUGGAAAGCACAAAUGCCGCCUUCAAAUAGUAGAACUAGGUCACAUAAUUUGGUAACUCAUUUACCAGGUGUCAAAGGUGUUGCAAAAAAUUCGAAAACUAUAAUAGAUUCUUGGCAGUUAUUUUUUCCUGAUGAGGUAAUAUCAGAAAUAGUCAAUUUUACAAACGUAAAAAUUCAAAAAGUAAGAGAAAAUUUUGCACGAGUUAGAGAUGCUAAAGAUACCGAUAUUAUAGAGAUGAAAGCAAUAAUAGGUUUACUAUAUUUAUCUGGUUCUUUACGAUCGUCCCAUCAAAAUUUAUGUGAUUUGUGGAGGACUGAUGGCUUAGGUGUCGAUUAUUUUCACGCGACUAUGAAUAUAAGAAGAUUUCGGUUUAUAUUACAAUGUUUGAGAUUUGAUGACGUUAAUUCUAGAAAUACUCGGAUAAAAACCGAUAGAUUAGCUCCUGUAAGAAACAUUUUCGAUGGAUUUGUUGAUCGUUGUCAAAAAUAUUAUACAGUUAGUGAAUAUGUAACAGUUGAUGAAAUGCUCGAGUCGUUCAGAGGAAAAUGUAGAUUUCGUCAAUAUAUUGCAAAUAAACCAGCGAAAUAUGGUAUAAAAAUAUUCUCGUUAGUUGAUAGUCGUACUUUUUAUAACCUAAAUAUGGAAAUUUAUUGUGGACAGCAGGAAGAAGGACCAUAUAAAGUUGUAAAUAGUGGGAAAGAAAUUGUAUUGCGACUCAUAAAACCAAUUUCAAAAACAGGGAGAAAUGUCACAUGUGAUAAUUGGUUUACUUCAGUACCACUAGCUACUGAAUUACUGGAAAAACACAGAAUAACCAUGGUAGGGACCAUAAGAAAAAACAAAAGGGAAAUACCUCCAAAUUUUUGUCAUACACGUGGUAAAAUUAUACAGUCGAAUAUGUUUGGAUUUACUAAAGACAUGACACUAGUUUCACACGUGCCAAAAAAAAAUAAAAUUGUGUUAUUGCUGUCUACGAUGCACCAUGAUAAUGCCAUAGAUUCCAAUAAUAAACCUGAAAUUAUUACAUUUUAUAACAUGACAAAAGGUGGUGUAGAUGUAGUUGAUGAGCUAAAAGGAAACUAUUCAGUUGCUAGAACAAGCCGUCGUUGGCCUCUUACAAUUUUUUACAGUCUUUUGAAUAUCGCAGGAAUUAAUAGCCAACUUAUAUACAAAGCGAACAAUAAUUGUAAUAUAAAUAGACGUGAGUUCUUACAAACACUAGGUAAGCAACUUACAAUGGGCUACUUACAACAACGUACAAAUAUCAAGACAUUACCAAUAGAUGUAAAACGAAAAAUUGCUUCAAUUUUGGGCGAAAAAUACAUAGAACAAUCUAACGCUGGACCAGCUCGUGAAGGAAGAUGUUACUACUGUGAUCGAAAAAAAAAUAGAAAAACAAAAACGCAAUGUAAAAACUGUGAAAAUUAUAUAUGUAAGGAACAUACCGUAACGUAUUGCCAGAAAUGUUGCGAAGACGCACAACAUUCAUCAGAUAAUUCAGAUUAUUCAGAAUAUUAAUAAAAUUAUUAUAUUUUUCAUUUAUUUAU